AUGACCGUUUUCGACGAACUGUUCGAGACCGAUGGCGACGACGAGUGGAAGACAUGGUUAGAACAUUUAUUCGCCUCUCGAGAUGAAAUAGUAGACUUCGUCACGAUUCGGCGAGGAGGCAAUACAACAGGAGAAUUUACAAAAUACUACAAAGGCUCCUUCAAUUUCUGCCUGCGCAUCAAGUUCAAUGACGGGGGGCAGAUGCUAUAAUCCGCUUUCCAAAGCCGGGACAUACAGCAACCGCUUGGAGGGACGAAAAAGUUGCUAACGAGGUGAACUUUAUCAACUUCUUCAGGGAUCAUACGACGAUUCCCGUCCCGCGGGUGACUAGCUGGGGGUUGACGGCCGAAAGCCCACAAGGACUUGGUCCCUUCAUGAUCAUGGACUUUAUUGAGGGCAUGAAGCUGUCGGCGUUUUUGAAGACUCCCACGGAAAGCGAUCAGGAUGACGAGAUUUUAAAUCCAGAAAUCGAUUCCUGUAUUCUUGAUAAGAUAUAUGGCCAGAUUGCCAACUACAUGAUCCAAUUAUCGCAACUCGAGUUCUCCGCCAUUGGAUCUAUCUCGCAAGAUAAACAGAGAAAGACUUGGGAUACGACUUCGAGACCUCUGACAUACAGCAUGAACGAGCUGGCAACCGUAUCAGGCUACACCAUAGAAAAAUUCCCAAGGAAACAAUUCACUUCCGUCAAGAGCUACCUCGAGAACACUGCAGAUUCACAUAUUCUCCAUUUCCACACGCAACAAAAGCUUGCCACCACCCCCGAAGACGCACGCAAACGAUAUAUCGCCAGACAUCGGUUGAAACAACUCAUCCCCAAAUACUGCCUUGACGAGAACGGUCCAUUCGUGCCUUAUUGCGAUGAUCUACAGCCUUCCAGUAUGCUCGUGGACCCGGAUACGCUCCAGAUCACGGGCCUGUUGGAUUGGGAGUUUACUAACGCCAUGCCGUCUCAAUUCUCAAGCGAUCCUCCUUGGUGGUUACUUCUUCUCGGUCCAGACAUGUGGCUCGAAGACUACAGUCUUAAUCAGUUUAUGACCCUGUAUGAGCCGAGGUUAUCGCAAUUCCUAAGCGCACUAGAAAAAGUAGAAGAGAACCCAGAUUCACAAAGGCAGCACGCUGGAUCGCUGCCAUUAUCACAGCAAAUGUGCGAAUCGUGGGAAAGCGGACGCUUCUGGUUCGACUACGGGAUGCGGAAGAGUUUCGAUAUCGAUGCUGUGUAUUGGGAAGCGAUGAAUGCUCGGUAUGAUGAUAAUGCGGGUGUGGAGGUGCUAGAUGAGAAGGCACGGAGAGAAAUUGACGUUGCUGUAUUGGAGAAGAUGGGUCAGCUGAAAGCGUAUAGAGAGGAGUGUGAUGCACGUUUUUACGAAGAGUAG